AUGGACUACAUGAUGAGACGCUCGUCUUUCAACUCUCGGCCUCUAUCUGAAGCAACGGAAAUUCAAGAUCUCGACUAUGAGGUUGAGUAUUCCGAACCUGAGUCGCCACGGCGAAGCAUAGAAUCAUUUGGGACUGACAGCGCUACUACUCUCUCGCUCUCAGAUGAGCCUCCAACUCCUGGUCCCUAUGAGGCCAGGGCCUUUGAGCUUCCAUCACGAAACUUAAGUAAGCCAGUACAAGGGCCAUCAGGCCCUCAUCUAUUCAGGGGCUCUAUGGAUAGCACAAUGCUCGAAAAGCCGGCAGUCGAGGAAUGGCAAUUGUCGAUGUCUCCAGUUUCUCUUGAAGAUAUCAAAGUCCCAAUGUGGGCGCCACAGGAACGAAGAUCUUCUGAGCCUGCCCAAAUUCCAGAGAUACCAAGGACAUCUACAAGAAUGUCGCACCAGAAACAAAACAAUCCGUCGUUUGUCCAAAAUUGGACCCCAACCCAAGUGGCCGAGUGGAUGUACGAGGUUGGUGUGGAGGACAGCAUGGUCGAACGCUUCAUUCAAAACGACAUCUCCGGCGCCGUCCUUCUCGACCUACACAUUGAUGACCUUAAGGAAUUAGAUAUUCAGUCCUUUGGCAAGCGUCACUACCUUAUGAACAUGAUCCAGACCUUAAGGAACGCUACUGACCCUAACUCCAUACCGGAACUUGCACGGGUUAACUCUUCAAUGUCAAACAGCCCCCCGCUGGCAAAGGCCGACUCCCCCGAGUGCACGACGUAUGCGUCUCCUGAUGGCGGUGCUAGGCAUAGCCCGCCCGCCCCCAAGAGACGCGGACGCCGCAACCGUGUCAUUUCAGAGGAAGACAUAAUAUCUCCCGCCGAAUCCGUUUCCAUUGUUGCUAUAGAGCAGCUUCUCCCUAAGCCCCACAAGUGUUCCAAGGGAGAGAACUGUUCUAAGUACCAAAAGAGACAACGGAAGCUCGCCCGGAUUGCAAAACAGUUUCCUAACGAGUUUGCCCUCAUAGAUGGUGAGCUUGUGGCAACCACAAACCAAGUUGUGCCUCCAACUCCUGCCAUGACCCAGAUAAGCCGAAAAUCUGACGCCGCUCCCUCUCUCGUUGCUUCCUCCGAUGUGCUCGGCCCGGGCCUGCUUCCAGAUCUACAUCCCGAACUACAACUAAAUGCUGAGAAUCUGAACGGAGUUCGACCACGAGACCCGCAGGAGAAUGUCCGGCAGUUUCUCACUUUCCAGCAUAUGCAUAGCCCUGACCUUAAUUCGGCUUCGACAAAUCAGCCCCUGGAAAUGUUUCCGCCUCUGCCUUCUCAGGAACAGCCCGUCCAUGUAUCCAACCAGCUUCGCUCUCUACCAAAACUUACUAUUCCAAAUCAAACUCAAUCUGUCAGCGAUCCUGCGUCUGCUCUGCGCACUGUCACCCCUUCCAUGGGCGCUCGAGUUGUGAAUUCACCUACUGCGACCCAGGAAUACAACCCAUACGCCUUUGAUGAUAACAACACAUAUCGUCAUGGAACUCCAUUUUCCGAGAUGGAUGUUCCCAUCACCGCCGUACCCGUUGAGCCUUUAGCCAGAGAAGCAUCCCAGUCCGUUCCUCCAGGUAUGAGAUACGGAAAUAUCCCAACACGACAGCACCAGACUCCCGAGCCCCCUGUCCGCUCGAGAUCAACCAGGCCUGAACGCCAUCGCCGACACCCAUCUGUCAAUACCAUGACCCCUUUGCAUGAGAUCGAAAGCCUCCCACCAAUCGAGAACCCCUCGGACAUGGACGCUGCCACCAAGCCUCAGCCACCCGUCAGCCAACAACCUGGUUCCACAGUAUCCUCCUCAUCCUCGUCAACACAAAAGGAUCCAGAUGUCACCCACAGCGGGUGGAUGAAGAAACGCAGAACUACUCGCCUCCUUCGACAUGAAUGGCAAGAUGCGCACUUCACACUCAAAGGAACCAUUCUUGCCAUGCACAAGGAUGAGUUUGAUACCCACCGCCACAGCAGGGCCCUCGAAUCCAUUGAUGUGGAUGACUAUGCCGUUGCCUGCUCCUCUCUUGCAUCCAACUCCAAGCUUACUGCAGCCUUCAAGCGCUCUGUUCUCCGCAAGGCCGCAAACCUCAACAACAACUCAUACAAGGGCAUGGACGAAACAGCCUUUGCUUUCUCCUUGAUCCCCGCAACAAAGCCCACCGAGCGCAAAUCAAUCUUCACUGCUAAUGGCAAAAACCACCAUUUCGCCGUCAAGACUCGGGAUGAGCGAGUCAAUUGGAUGCGUGAACUUAUGCUCGCCAAAGCUCUGAAGAAGGGAAAAGAAGCAGGAAACGAGAUCAAGAUGAACGGAAAUUUCAUCUGA